UGGUGAAAAAUAGGGCCUGGAAUACAAAAACCCCCCCACCCUUUUAUUUCGGUUCUCUCCCUCCAUCUGAUAAAUCAUCAAAUUGCGACGCAACUCGGCGACUUCGUUCCCCCGUACCUCACCGUCCUCACGAACGCGAAAAUCCUCACCAUUAGAGUGUCUAGCAUAUCUCUAUUGGAAGACUGUCACCAUGUCCAAGAUCACAGUCGCCGGAGUGCGUUCCAACGUCAGCGAACUGCUUGACUACUCCCUCAACACCAAGAAGCGCAACUUCCUCGAGACCGUCGAGCUCCAGAUCGGCCUCAAGAACUAUGACCCUCAGCGUGACAAGCGUUUCUCUGGCACCAUCAAGCUGCCCUCGGUUCCGCGCCCGAACAUGACCAUCUGCAUUCUGGGCGACCAGCACGACCUUGACAGAGCUAAACACGGCGGUGUCGACGCCAUGUCCGCCGACGACCUCAAGAAGUUGAAUAAGAACAAGAAGUUGAUCAAGAAGCUCGCUCGAAAGUACGAUGCCUUCGUCGCCUCGGAGGCGCUGAUCAGGCAGAUUCCGCGUCUCCUCGGUCCUGGUCUCUCUAAGGCUGGGAAAUUCCCCACGCCCGUCUCGCACGCCGACGAUCUUACCGGCAAGAUCAACGAGGUCAAGUCGACGAUCAAGUUCCAGCUCAAGAAGGUUCUCUGCAUGGGUGUCGCCGUCGGAAACGUCGGCAUGACACAGGACGAGCUAGUCGGAAACAUCAUGUUGGCCAUCAACUAUCUCGUUUCGCUGCUGAAGAAGGGCUGGCAGAAUGUCGGUGGCCUGACUAUCAAGGCCAGCAUGUCUCCCCCCAAACGGCUCUACUAGGUGGAAUAUCUACUAGAGGUUCUAGCGGUGCUGGUACUGGGAAUUCCGUUACGGCCUUUAGGCAGUGAAUAAUACAGAGUCGUCCACAAUGCUAUAAGACGUCGAAG